AUUGAACCGCGUUCAGGACGUAUUUGCCCCACGACCUCCGUCAAUUUCCAGUAUAGCUGUACAGCGACCCUACAUAAAGUGCCUAGCGAUGUGCGCAGCCUCAAUGCGGCUCUUCUGAUGUCAACGUCUGAUUGGUUGCUGUUCCACGGGAUCGGAGCUUUAUCAGCAUACGGUAUAGACCGCUCUGUUCGCGUAGAGAGUCCAAAUGACAAUAACGGGGAAAUGCGACACAUGUAGGUCGCGAAAAGUCAAGUGCGACGAGCAGAGGCCUAAGUGUGGUGCCUGUCGCAAACGCGACCGCGACUGUACUUAUUCAUUCGGGAAAGCAUCUGCAUUCGUGCUUGAAGAUCCUACCCAGCUUUCUAAACACGGAAGACCCAAGGUUGCUCCCGUCAUCUACCCACUUGAAGGUGCACAAGAGCCUGGAAUUACUUCUUCCCCGUUAUCACGUUUGCCGCCAUCCACCUCAUUAGUUCUUCGCCAAAGUACAAGUCGAUAUGCAGACACAGGUCAGGGUGUCUUCGUAACGCUGUCCGUUUUACCGCGUGACAGAGCGAAAGUAACCAAGAAGACAACAUCGCAGCAGAGAAGAAAGCUACAGAUUCAUCUGAACGAAUUGGACGCCACAAUUCGUGGCACGCCACGCCAAUUUCUGCCCUCACAGACCGCACUUGCCGCCCGUUACGUCAACCUCUUAGGCUCACGACCACCAGAAAUGCAGCCUUUCGCGAUAUUGGGUUCUUGGGUUGAAUCCUUGCCUUCCCGAAUUGGCAAAACCACAGCGGUUGACCUUGCUGUUGAAUAUCUCAUUGAGAGCUUCAAUGUGUAUUGCAAUCCAGAUCAUUCAGCUCACCGCACAGCAUUAGCCACCAAAGCAAGGGCAAUCAAGGAAUUGCAGUUGGCUGUCAGGGAUGAGAAGACAAGAAGAUCAUAUGAUACUGCCGUCGCUACAAAACUUCACUUCAUGGCAGAGGUGUUCAUGGGUAUCAAGAACCUAUAUCAUGCAAUCCAUGCUGCAGGCCUCUCAGACAUCUUGCAGGACGGGCCUUUAACUGAUGCCGAUGAUCACCACUUCUGGAGCUUCCUAGAUAACGCAUACUUUGAUGAUGUUUCAGAAGCUAUGGUUGCAAGCCGGACCUCGGUCUAUGACAAUGAUGCAUACCUUGAGAUGACCAGUCCUGCAGUGAUACCAAAGGACUCACCGGCAACCUUUCGCGCAUCUAUUGCGCUCAUGCACGUUUACAUACAAGUGCCCCGCCUCAUCUGCCUCGUUCGACAUGCGUCCAACUACCCGGAAGACUCUCUCACGCUUGCUGCGGCUGUGGCUCUAGCUGAAACUUUGUGGGAACUCAUUCCAGACGAAGUAAUGCAAGAAGUCAUUCAGUCGUGCAUCACCAUCGUUGAUGUACCACCUUCUCCCGAAAUCGCCGAUAUAAUCCCCGAUUCCUAUUACUUCGAUUCCAUAGAGAACUCCACCGUCGUCAGCCGCUUCUGGAAGCUCCAGGUAGUUCUCAGCGGGAUCAUACAAACCUUAUACCAGAAGUACCCUGCAGAGUGUGCCAGCUCGCGGCUCCCGCCUCUGUCUGUUGUGGAGAAGAUCGAUGCCGAUGCCGCAACAGAGUUAGCGCGGUGCAUUCAUUGGGCGUUCACGAUUUGCCCUUCUCUUCCUCUUGUGCCUUUGCGCAUCUAUACAACAUUCCAGGUCUCUGUUGGGGCCUGGUGUCGCAUCAUCCAGCGAAUCAGCGCUAGUAACCGCAGUCCACCUCCUUACCCUGACCCCUUCCCUUCAGUUACCGCCUACUUCGAUGAACAACUGUCUCGCGCUAAGAGAAUGGAACAGUUCGUGGCCGACAAAUCGAACCUAGUGCACGAAUUGUGGAACAUUCCGCACGUGAACAAGCGAUUUUUGCGAUCAGCGUCUAUUGACAUGGCAGGGGGUCCAGUACCCGACUGGAUGCCCAUUCGCAUCAAAUUUGACACUGAAGAUGGCGCAAUGGUCAUGAGAAUGGAGUAUGACGUGGGAGGGUCACUAUUCGAAGACAUUCUGGGCCACAACAACUUGAUCAAAGGCUGGACGCGCAGGACGAUAACAAAGUCCCCAUUCCAACCGGGAACAAGCGAAAACUUACCCGGGAAGGGUUUUCCGAACGGUGGCACUGGAAAGCUGCCUAAGUGGCUUUUCGAACGAUUUGGGACUGGACCUGCGAAAUUUUGGGGUUACAGUGGGCCAGAUGGAAAGUCUGCUAAAGAUACAUCGAGUGACGCUAUAGGUAGUGUACCGCAUACACUUCUGGACGUACCAAGCGACAGUGAAGACGAGAACCUGGACGUGCAAUACAAGGCUGUCGAGAUGGAGUAAGUCAUGAGGACACAAAGGUAACGCCACCCAAGGAUGGCCUGUUCAAUUACACCCAGCGAUAAUUAGUAGCUGGAUCGUGGAAACUUUGUCAAAAAGAGCCAGUGAGGAUGCAGUUCAUCAGAUGAGAACGUCGCGUCCAUGACAAGUUGGCUUUACCUUGCACUUGAGCUUCAUGUCCGCCUUCCAUUGGGCCUAUAGGCCAUGACUAAGCAUUCAC